AUGCUUGUCAUCGAAGAGGAUCAUGCUGCGAACGCGGGAGCGGACCAGGCCGUUGACCUCGAAGUGAAGUUCGCCGCCAUCCCCGCGGAGUCUGGAGUGGCCGAGGUGCAGAGGCUGCAGGAGCAGCCAGGCUGCGGCAUCGCCGGGGCCAAGUGCGUGGCUUCCAUCCCAGUCCUGGGCAAGCGCACGUACCAGGAGUCGCUGCGCGUCGCGCUGUGCAGAGACGGCGCGGUGAGCACCCUUGCCAUCCAGGUGGCUGGCACCCUGAAGAUCGGGUUCCCCGUCGGUGACUUCUUGACGGAGACCCUGCACCUGUUCACCCAGGCCGGCGACGCCGCCCCCGUGUGCCUGCAGAGCUGGGGCAUGGCCCAGCCCGGGGCCCAGCAGCGGAAGGCGCUGGACGGCAUGCGGGGCAAGCAGCUGGAAUAUCCGGGU